AUGUCACCAAGACGUCCCAGCCCGCGCGGCAAUGACACUGGAGACCAGUUUGACAACUUUUUCGGCGACUUGUCUCCUAUAGCGGGCAUUGAGGAGAUUCUCUCAGAGAUCGAAACCUCCCAGGAGACGGGGAGUUCACAGGUCGCGGGAGAUCAGAUACUUGGAUCGAGUCAAACUACCGGCUCUCCUCCAGAUCCUACCCCCGAAUCUAGCAACCCUGUGCCUUACAGUCAAGGCGUGCCCUUGGUCCUUCCGGAUGUUCCCAUUCUCUACUCUCAACCCCCCUCUGCCCUGACCCCUCAGGAGAACUCCAAUGAAGGCAAUGCUUUGAACUGUCAAGCAGCCGAGACGUCUUCGUUGGGACCGGCCACAGGUGGCUUUGGCGGCGGCGACGGUAUCCUGGAGAAUGGUAACCCCUUUGACUUUUGCGCACCUCCACAACCUGAACGGGAAAUCGGUCGGUAUUACCAUUACCACCCACAAGAUCGUUCCUUUGUUAAUUAUUCCCAAGAAACCUUUCCCUUGCCCUGCCCGAGAGAGUCACAGCCAGCCGCUAGUGCAGCCUCAUCAAAUGAUGACUCCCCAAAGCCUCCUCCGUCUGCCUCUAAGGAGAAGCCUUCUGUGUCAAAAAAGUGUUCGAAGCCUGCCAAACGCACCCAUCGGAAGACUGUCACUGGCCAGGAACCUAGGAGAAGCUUCAGUAACAUUGCCCCUCGACCACCGGUUCAAAAUACCCCGACCACUGCCAAUCGUCCCCUUAUGCCCCCGCCCUCAUCUACCCAACCGAUAGCUGUUCUUAAUACUUCAAGGCCGUUGAACGGUAAUGGCUACGGCUAUGGCUACGACAGGCGUGGUUUUGUUGGGCCUCCGCUUCAGGUUGGCUAUGGUACCAUGAAUGGCAACAUCCCGCGCAAUAUGGGAUACUCGUCUAUGCCAUCAAAUGCUUCUUUUGGUAACAGCAAUGGUAACUCUAUGGAUCGUGGGACUAUGCCUCAGGGACAACUGCAUAGUGUACAAAAUAAUUCCAACGGCCAGAGUAUCAACAAUGUCGGCAUUUAUAGGCCUCCCACGACUUAUAAUGGCAAUGCGAAUGGUUUACAUGGAGGUUUUCUCAAUAGCCCAAUGAAUUCUGCACCUCGCUAUCCAGCCAAUACAUCUCGACAGCACGACAUGGCACCUGGAGCCGAUUUUGUCCCCUCUUCCCUUGAUAGGGAACUUCGUAGACAAGUGGUGCGCGAUAUGGGAACAGCCAGAUUCGCGGAGCAUGAGUGGUCCUCCAUGGGAAGUAAUGCUGCAGGGGCAUAUCAUACAUCCAGCCCAAGCAGUAGUCCAUGGGAACAUACAGAUGAACGGAACUUGCCUAUACGCCAACCCAGUGUCCCCCCAGGCGAAGUUAGAUGGGCACCUCGAGUGUAUACCUCAACAGAUAGUCCCAUGGGAUAUACUACGGGAGGGUUCUCUCAAUCAUCCACCUCGGGCAGUUCUGCCAUGGGUAUUUCUCCCAUGGGCAGUUAUCCCAUAGGGAGUUCUACAAUGGGUAGCAUGGGAGGGGCCUCUUACAUGCCUGCGCCAAACGGUACUCCCACGCCUCAUAUAGGGUCUUCGCCUUCACACCUAGCGAACAUGUCCAGGGGGAGGUCAACGGUAGUAGAAGAGGCAGUUCUUCUAUGUCUCACGUAA